AUGACUACCCAAGAGAAGAAAAGCUCUACCACUGCUGGAGAGGAGCAACCGCUACCAAAUGAUCGCACAGUCGUGUUGCUCAAGGCACCUACUAUCAUGAACGACGAGAGCGUAAAGGAGAGGUUGGAAGAUUUCUGGAGCGCUACCUUUCGUAGACCCUAUCAUCCUCGCCUAUGGACUUCAAGGGAACUUGAUGUUCAGGAACAAGCCUCGAGGCUCUACGACGAGGGAAAGCCUCUCUGGACCCGGGAAAUGCUGCUCGACGCCGAGAAGCAAGCGGCAUCAUAUCCUUUGGAGGUAAUUAUCCAUGGAAUCGACGGGGUGGAGCGGACGGCAGCUACUAGGUAUCCGGGACAAAUUAAGCCAAAGAAAUUUGUUGUCGGUUUCCAUGGCUACCGAAGUCUCAUCAAGCCCUACGCCACUUGGGCCCCAACAUUUGCAUUCGAAACCUAUCACUUUCUUGGCUAUGGAUCGUGUAACCAAGACUGUGAGAAGGAGGGCUCUCCGGAGUUCGUUCAAAGACUGUCAAACGCAUUCAGAUGUCGCACCAAGGAGUUCGAGCAGAGCAAGAUGUACGAGUUUUUGAAACAAUUCGUUGCGGAGACUACCGUUCUCGAGAAAGUUGACAAGAUGAUCUGUUUUGGCUUGGGCGACCUGGACAUGGAGAUGGAUGAUACACCAGAUGCGUCAGAGGAGUUUUUUUGCCGUCUGGAUCAGCACAUCUUUGCAAGAAGCCUCGUACUGCUCAUAGAGGAGAAGCACAAGAGACAGGUCCGUCUGUUCGCACAGGAUCCGCUGUACCUAGACAUUGACAAGACCGUACUGGGUGAAAACGGCUUCGAAGUCGUGGGCGAUUAUGGAGCCGCCGGUUUCACCCUAAUCGACGACAAGUCAAUCGUAUACAGCAACACUCCUAAUUUCCCGAUGCGCGAGAUCUUGGCAGAGCUGCCACGCCCUGUAAUCUACAUAGGAGAACCAUCCCAGAAAACCCCAGAGGAGAACCAAUACGAAACAUACGAAACCGUCAAAGCCGUAAUUACAUCACCAGAUGGUGCUGUAUAUGGUUGCGAUGACCCAAUGUUGGAUCCCGCAACGCCUCGUACCAGAAUGAUGGCCAAGGAGUAUACGGUACAUGAAAUUCCGAGACCCAAGUGGCCCGGUCUAUUGGGUGGCUCAAUCAGGGGGGCAAUAAUGGUUCGAAAGUAG